CAGUUCGCCCAACCCUCCUGAAUCCGGCCGACCCACCGCCACCGCCUUCUCCACUCUUACCCCGUCCGGUCCCCGAGUCCCAACCGCAAGAACAGCAAAGGAAUCGGCGCCGGCGGCGUCGGCGAUGGUGUGCGCCAAGUGCGAGAAGAAGCUCGGGAAGGUGAUCGUGCCGGACAAGUGGAAGGAGGGCGCCAGCAACACCAACGAGAGUGGCGGCCGCAAGAUCAACGAGAACAAGCUCCUCUCCAAGAAGAACAGGUGGACUCCCUAUGGAAACACCAAAUGUAUAAUCUGCAAGCAACAGGUGCACCAGGACGCUAAAUAUUGCCACACCUGUGCUUAUUCGAAAGGAGUGUGUGCAAUGUGCGGGAAGCAAGUGCUGGACACAAAGCUCUACAAGCAAAGCAACGUGUGAUCCUAGCUGUAUACUAAACUGCUAAUUACUUGUAUUAAAUCUGGUACUCGCAAUCUAGCCGUCAGAUGUACUGAUGUGUGUUAUAACAGAAAAAAAAUUGUACUUGGCUAACUGUUAUGGAACAUGUAACGUUUCCAAAAUUAAAGCCCCAGGCUCCAGCAACUCGAGUUUGUGUGUUAUAUCUCUA